AUGAUCACGUUGAAAUGUGCCGCUGAUCAUCUUUCAGGUAUCUCUGGCCUAAUGUUAGAAGUCGCAUUUGUGUUUGCCUCAUUGGCAACAGGCCUCAAGGACGAUAUCAUUCUCACGCAGCCGGCUACAUACAACAUACGCGAGCCACCCUUGUUUCUUCCUCCUAGCAUUGUCGCUUUUCUGAGCAUUGCCUGCAAAUUGUCACCAGCAUCUGUGAAGGUGUGCUGGAGGGUCCUGAAGAGUAGUAUCUGGGCUGGCAAUUUUACCGUUUAUGAGAAGAUGAAAGACUUAUUCGAGAUGCACGGGCACCCUCAUGGCCUUACACAACGCACAUUCUAUCCACCGUUCAAGAUGUGUCCCAAUUCUACCUGUGAUCGCACACGAAAAGGCUUGCUGCUCAGCAAGGCCGAACAGCGCAAAGCGGUCUACUUUGGCCACUCCGGUACAGUCCCUGCCUACAGUGUUCAACUGUAUUGUGAAUCCUGCAAGACAACUUAUCACACGAACUAUAAGGUCAUUGGUGACCGACACAUUUACUAUGAUUACAUCACUGCACUGCCAGACAUCGUGCAGAUUGCGGAUCACUACUUCGUUGACUAUCAAAUAGCGAGGUUAUGGAAGGCCAUGAUGCACGCUUCCUGCACAUCAGCAACCAACUGCGCACACAUAUAUAACAUUGCACUUGCAAAUGCAGAGUCCACGCAGUUCCCGGGCACAAAAUGGUUCGCCAAGGAUACCAUCAACCAGAACGAGCACUUUGUCGAGGCAAUGUCAGACAGGAACCGACGCAUGCGGAUCUAUAACCAACCACUUGCUCGUCGGCACUUUUGUGUUAAGUGUACCCGGAUUUACAAUCAUGGUGAUACUGCCAACAAACUGGUUUCUGUCGUUGUGGUGGAUGGCGUUGUUGUGAGCCGUCCGUGCUGCUCUAUCCCCAACUGCUGGGUCCAUCUCCGUACCCCACAAGACCGUUUUUGUCCUACCCACUCUUCCCGCCUCAAUCAAUGUGCAAUCAAGGGCUGUGCACGAUCUGUCAUGUCGGGUAGCCUUAUGUGCGACAUCCGUGCACACCAGGAGUCUGAAGCACUGCACACUCUGUGGGGCAAGUCUCGAUUCCAUCUGCAUGAACACCUCGAGUGUUCACGGGCUAUCCACGGGCGUCUUGCAAAUGUCCAGGUUGGAGCUGAUGAUGAUGCAGACGACGAUGACGGAACACAAGCUAUCGGAGAGGAGGAGUAUGACGUGAAAUUGGGAAAGAAGAAGAGGCUUCGUGCGCAGUUCACCCACAACUAUACUCAUUGUGAGGAGUUGAUUGUCGCGCCUUGCGGAAUGAUUCAUGCUCGUGAGACCAUGCACAAUGCUGAGGGAGUAGGAAGUGUUGCUGAAUUUAUUCGCCGUGUCUUCCGGGACCCAGAGACACGCCCAACACACGUGUUCUUUGAUAACAACUGCCGACUCGCGCUGCACGUUCAGAACGAUCCAUUCUUUCAAGAUAUUGGCCUUUCUGUCGAUGUCUUCCACUUUGAGUGCAAACAUUCAAAGCAAGACACGUUCUGCCAAGAGAACUGUAACCCUGCUGCAUUUCCAGAGCUGAAGACAGAUGAUGGGGAGUGGUACUUCAACUCUUCGGCUUGUGAACAGGUCAAUUCGUGGUUCGGUAAAUUCAAUCCUAUCACGUGA